AUGUGUUGGUUGCCUUAUUGGAUCGGUCAGGUCUACAUCACUUUCCUGCCGCCCGCGCCCUCCCAUCGACAUUCAGAAGCGAGUUUAACAUUUAUACUACUGGCCGGUUGUCUUUCAUACGCCAACUCAGCAUUUCUAUCGGAAAACUUCAAGAAGUCGUUCAGUCGGGCGUUCACUUGUGUCAGCGUAAAGGAAGUGAACGCACAGCUGAACGUCGAGAACUCGGUGUUCCCGAAGAGCGCCAGAGGGUCCACGAAGACUGGCGGCGGGUGUGGCGGUGCGGCCGGCCGUAAGGCCCGCAGCUGUGGCGGCGGCACAGAUAACGGCGAGACCGAGGCGUUCAGUAAUUUUGUGUUACACGAGAGCAAUAUUGAACACCACAACGACAUCGAUAUGUCCACCGCUAUCACAAUGACAUCCAGGUCUCAGUGUUUGCCGUCUCAGGAAAAGGACAGUCUCUUUAAUAAUGGAUGUAUGGAUGCGUCCAACUCUAUCAGCAGUCAAAAUGUCUAA